CACCACGGCACCACAGCCGCCGACGCCGCUUCUCGGCUACGCCAUGUGUCAUUUGCGCGUAUUUUAAGCAAAGAUAGUGUUGAUUGCCCUGCAUGCUGCAAUCAUCUCGUUAUUAACUGUGCCGCUGCAGCUUUUUGCUCGAGCUGCUGUACCCACACGUCGUGCGCGCUACCGACUAAACUGACUUCACUGCGUCGGUACGAAGUGUGCGUAACCAGAACGUGAAAAUGGUCCAGACAGAGUGCGUCGACCAUUUCUUGGAGAAGAUAAGCAACUUGGAACGUCAACUGUCCAUCAAAGAGCACAUAACCAAGCUGGAAAGCCACAUGUCGCUGAUCAAGGACUUUCACGACACUGCCACACGGAUCGAAACUGAUGUGCGCUGGGUGCUGGGGCAGCUUGUCAUUAUGCUCACUGGUAAAAUAAGUGCCGGACAGGAGGACGGAAAGGACGCGGUGUUGCUCGACCUAUCAAUGUUGACCAAGAGCAGUGCCGGCGACCGCUGCUGUCCGUGCCAGUGUCAUUCAAAGAACGAAACGAUACCGUCAAAUAGUGGUGAUGGCACCCAAGACUGGAAACCACCGGAGGGUUCAAAUGUCACAGUAGCAGACUUGGUGAAGGCAGCAGCACAGGAGGCAGUUGACUCUUCAGACUAUGUUUUCAAUGAAGAAUAUCAGAUGUACUACAGUGUCUCAACUGGUUGCUACUAUGAUCCAUCAACACAGCUUCUUUAUGAGCCAACUUCAGGAACAUACUACCGCUAUAAUGCAGACACGGGAAGCUAUGAAGUGCAUUCUCAAGUACAGCCCCACAAGGCACGCAAAGUUAAGAAACCAAAACGCAAGCGCAAGAAGCUCGAGCUGAAAGACGAGUUAGCCGGGGAGCUGUCUAUGGAAGAAGGGGAGGUUGAAGACAGCUGCAGCGACGAGACUGCCAGUACAACCGACGAGAGCAGCAGUGCAGGCGAGGAAGAUCCUGCCAGCCAGCACCCUCCGUGCAUUCGCCUAGUACUGAAGGAGCCACAGGACCUGGUGCAGCAUAGGCUGUACCUGGUGACACUUCCAGGUGGCACCUUGGGAACCCACACUGAUCACGCACUCUGUCUUCCCAAUGUGGACAGCGUAGAUGAGAAUCAUGCAGAGCUACGUUAUUCCGAGGAUCAAGGGGGCUACCUUCUGAAAGACCUUCAAAGCCAGGCCGGAACUUCACUGAAUGGCAUUCCAUUAGAGCAGGGCCAAGAGUCACUGGUGCAACAUAUGGACCGGCUUCAGUUGGGAUCUGUUCAGCUGGAAGCACACAUCCACAAAGGCCACAACACAUGCACUCGCUGUGAACCAGGACUCAUGGACUCACCCUCGGGAGAUCAGGAGUCGCAGAGUGCCCCGCCGCCCAGUUCCGAGGCCAUACGCCGAGCGAAUGUAAAGAAGAUGAAAGCUAAAUACGGUCUCAAGGGCAUGGAGCACAUCGUUCCACCAAAAGGUUAUCAUGACCGUGCUCAGCAACGCAGAGAAGUAGUUGGAAGCAACUUCCCUCAUGAACGGGACUCUGAGCCAGCCAGUGUAGACAAACCACUGCAAGAAGACAACGUAGGCUUCAAGCUGCUCCAAAAAAUGGGCUGGAAAGAAGGUGCCGGCUUGGGAAAGCAGCAACAGGGAGCCACUGCACCUAUCGAGGUGAAGUCCACAAACACUCGCAAAGGAUUGGGCCACAGUGGCCCCAAAAUGGAAGACCAGCGAUCCCAAAUUCUCAGCAAGACACGGGAGCGCUAUCAGGCCAUUACCGGAAAGGAAGCGACCACCGGAUCAAGUCCAAAACGAGAAAAUACUUGAUGUGCCUUAUCAGCAUGCAUCAUCUGUUGUUCCCAUCAUCAUUUGUUUUAUUAUUACCGUUUUCCUGGUAAGGGUGAGGGGUCUGUACAUAACAUACACCCCUGCAGUUAUAGAUUUUUUAAUGUAAGAUUGGAUGAAAGUGACUUAGCAU